AGCAGAGGGCAGCAGGGAAUCACACACCCCAUUAACCCGGCAGUGCUAGCAGUUACACGCCCACGUGGGUGGUACAGAGGGCACCUUGGUUUAUGUCUGCAGGCUCACACGUAUAUGCGCACACGCACCACGAACACUGAAAGUAUAAAGAUGUUGGUUUUCAAAGUGGAUCGGUUUUCCGUAUGUGCUGUGACGUCUUGAAGCGGGAUUGAGACUGGAAGGCAACAGCAUCAGGCAGAGGGUUAAUGAGUCUGCUUAAAGUCUGCACUGAAGUCAGGAUGGAGACAGGGUGAACUGUGCAUGGUGCCUCUCCUGAGCCUCAGGACAGGGCUGAGAUAAGCCGCUACAGAGGGUACACAGCUGUGAACAAAGAAUGGGUCUGUGCUCCACACACGACCUUGCACCUGCGCUGAGAAUUGGGGGGUGGACGAUCGCUUCCAGGCUAUAGCAGCCCCUGCCUUACACACAUACUCACCACUCACAGACACACACAUGCCCAUCAGAUUCACCACAGGUGCCAUUUGUUUUUGACAUUGAUUUGUGGUUGACCGUGUAAAAAUAGUAGAAUUGCAAAGGUUAUAUACUCAUCAUGAGACCUGGUUUACAAGAAUGACUCACCUGGGCUGUUAUGAGGCACGGGGCUGGCACUGAUAACAAUCAAACCACCCACAGUAGCCUUUGAAAGCCUGUCCUUCUUGACAAUUUUCCCAUAAUUAAAGGUUAACGAGUGACAUCACAAGCCUGGCUGGACAGUUCCCAUCGAUGUUUCUCACAGAUUGAUAGACGCCAACAUGACUCACUAGGCCUGUACACUGAUUCUGGAUAAAAGGUGUCCUAUGCCAGCCCACAAGCCACACAUUCCUGCCACGCUCCAGAAAUGCAGUCCUGUGUCAGCUGUCCAGUGUCAGCCGAGUGUCACCCCCACUGUCAGGGACAACAGAAGGCUGGAAGACACAGACCUCUGGUAGAGGGAUGGGAGAAGUAAGAGCCCACAUCCAUUUCCAAUAUGAUUACUUCUAAAAUGAGGACAGCUGAUAAUUGGCUUUAAAACUUGAGCUUUGAAAGUAGUUGCAUUAAAGUUUUAGCCUCAGUAUUAUUUAGAACUAUUAUAGGUUAACUAGAUUAAAUUUAGGUUACAUCUCCUUCCCUGGGAAAGUUUUUCUGCUCAGCAAAAAAGUAUGCAAACCUAAUUCACAAAACAUUUGGUAGAUACAUGCCACGUGCAAGCCAUCGUAGCAUGUUGAUAGGAAUGAAAUUUUAAAAAAGGAUGAAAUAAAAAACAUGUCUGCUGUAUGCUAUGAACAAAAAAAAAAACAAAAAAAACUAAGCACCAGGAAAAUGUGGUUGUCACAAUUUUAUCUCAAAACUUUUAUCUCAAAAGUGGUGUUUUUCUCAUAACAUACAACAAGAAAGACAAACUAGCAAUAUAAACACACAAGUCCACAUUCCUGCAGGCAAGAGAUUUACUUAUAGUGGCUAAGUGGUGUGUUACUGCAUCUGAGACUGUAGCUGACAGGUACAGGUACUGUGGGAGGUGGUGUGGAUCUGACAGGUACAGGUAUUGUGGGAGGUGGUGUUGAAUUGACAGGUACAGGUAUUGUGGGAGGUGGUGUGGAUCUGACAGGUACAGGUAUUGUGGGAGGUGGUGUCAAGCUGACAGGUACAGGUAUUGUGGAAGGUGGUGUGGAUCUGAGAGGUACAGGUAUUGUGGGAGGUGGUGUGGAGCUGACAGGUACAGAUACUGUGGGAGGUGGUGUGGAGCUGACUGGUAUGGGUACUGUGGGAGGUGGUGUGGAGCUGACAGGUACAGAUACUGUGGGAGGUGGUGUGGAGCUGACAGGUACAGAUACUGUGGGAGGUGGUGUGGAGCUGACAGGUACAGAUACUGUGGGAGGUGGUGUGGAGCUGACAGGUACAGAUACUGUGGGAGGUGGUGUGGAGCUGACUGGUACGGCUACUGUGGGAGGUGGUGUGGAGCUGACAGGUACAGAUACUGUGGGAGGUGGUGUGGAGCUGACAGGUACAGAUACUGUGGGAGGUGGUGUGGAGCUGACAGGUACAGAUACUGUGGGAGGUGGUGUGGAGCUGACAGGUACAGAUACUGUGGGAGGUGGUGUGGAGCUGACAGGUACAGAUACUGUGGGAGGUGGUGUGGAGCUGACAGGUACAGAUACUGUGGGAGGUGGUGUGGAUCUGACAGGUACAGAUACUGUGGGAGGUGGUGUGGAGCUGACAGGUACAGAUACUGUGGGAGGUGGUGUGGAUCUGACAGGUACAGAUACUGUGGGAGGUGGUGUGGAGCUGACUGGUACGGGUACUGUGGGAGGUGGUGUGGAGCUGACAGGUAUGGGUUGACAGGUUGUCACCUGGUCACGCAAGUGGCUGCCUCUGUAUUAAUAGCAAAGGGGUUGCGUAGGUUGAUCUUAGUCAGCACAGCUGAAAUUUGUAUGCAGGCCACAGCCGUCCCCAUAGCUGAUGCGGUGCGUAAUACGCUGCUUUAGAGCUGUGACACAGCCAGGCUUGAGCUGCCGUCUGCCCUGCUAUAGGACACCAGAGCUGGGACUCUGACUGUCCAGCCCUAGGCCUUUUGUGGGCUUGGAAAUGGCUGAGACUUGGGUCUGAGUUCUUGAUAUGGACUGUUCUGGACAUAAACUUGCCCUUCAUUUAUGGUUCCCAGAAACCGUUUUGAGCCUAAGCACAAGCCAAAAGUGAUUAGGCUCCAAAGGUGUUUAUACCGGUAACUGAAACAAUUACCUUCAGCAAGAACUUCAGAUAUUCCCAUGGAGCAGUUGUCCUGUUUAGACGCCCAGCUGGGUUAUAGACAGGUGGAGUAUGUGAGUCCUCUAUAACCCAGCAUGUCUACCUGUCCUUAACGUGUUGCAAACCACUUUCUGCCUAGAGCUCUUUGUCUGAUCAGUGAAACGGGUCUAGCAGCAAGGCAGUACGUAAUUCCCAAGGAAUGGAAUGGAACACUUUAGUGAUAUUACAGACUCCUGUCAGCGCACCAUCAGUUUAUAGGAGGCCCAAAAAAAUUCUGCCUUUGUGAAUCCCCUCUGUCUGAUGACGGGUCGCAGCUGGGCUCAUGAGAGCGUGGGGUCUUGGACCAACGGCACGCAGUUGAGGCUGUAUAACCUGAGACUGUCCCUCCUGGGAUCCAGGGAGUACCAGAGCUGCACAGGCCGCCUUGGCGGUCCAGCUCCCCCCAGUCAGUCUGGGGGAGU